AUGCCUCUCCGUCUUCGAGUCGAUGGAACCGUCUUCCGUGAUGCCCACAACCGCGAGGUCACCUUACACGGAAUAAACGUUGCUGGCGAUGCGAAAUACCCCCUGAACCCGGAUCAAUGUUCGCAUAUCAAAGAGAAGUUCUUCGAAGGUGAUGACGUCUCCUUCACUGGACGACCUUUCAGUCUCGAAGAAGCCCAUACCCACUUCGACCGCUUGAAGAGAUGGGGAUACAAUACAAUCCGUUAUAUCUACACCUGGGAGGCCAUCGAGCAUGCUGGUCCCGGAAAAUAUGAUGAAGAGUGGAUUCAGCAUACCAUCAGCGUCCUGCGCCUGGCCAAGAAGUACCGCUUCUACGUCUUUAUGGACCCUCACCAAGACGUCUGGUCUAGAUACACCGGUGGUUCAGGUGCUCCCAUGUGGACCAUCUAUGCAUGCGGUCUGAACCCUCAGGCUUUCCUCGCUACACAAGCCGCUUUCGUACAAAACACAUGGCCAAAGCCUGAAGAGUUCCCCAAGAUGGUCUGGGCUACCAACUAUCAACGCCUCGCUUGUCAAACCAUUCUCACCCUCUUCUUUGCUGGCAAAGAGUUUGCCCCUAAGGCUGUGCUGGACGGCAUGAACAUCCAGGACUAUCUCCAAGGACACUUCCUAGGUGCUAACAAGAUUCUGGCCCAGCGUAUCAAAGAGGCAGGCGACCUCGAAGACCACGUCGUCAUCGGCUGGGAAAGCAUGAACGAGCCAAACAAAGGCUACAUUGGUUGGGAAGAUCUAUCAAAAUGGCCAGCAGACCAGAACCUGAANAAGGGCACUGCACCGACGGCUUUCCAGUCCAUGCUUACUGGUCUCGGUAGGGCUGUCGAGCAAGAUACAUUCGAGUUCGGCAACCUCGGUCCUUACAAGUCUGGCAGCGAGCUUGUGGAUCCCAAAGGAGAAAUCGCAUGGCUACCGGCAGACUACGAUGAUUCGCGGUACGGCUGGGAAAGAGAUCCCGGUUGGAAGUUGGGCGAAUGUCUUUGGGCACAACACGGAGUCUGGGAUCCCAAGAACGACAAGCUCUUGAAGAAAGAUUACUUUUUGAAGGUGCCUGUUUCAGGCGAGACAAUUACGCACGAGUACUACACCAACAACUUCUGGUUGAACCACUAUCGCGCCUACAAAGACGUGAUCAGGGGUAUCUUCCCUGACACGAUCAUGUUCUGCCAGUCUUCGCCCUUCGAGGUCCCACCAUCUAUCAAAGGCACCAAGGACGAUGAUCCGCAGACCGUCUUCGCUCCUCACUUCUACGAUGGUAUAACCCUCAUCACAAAGAAAUGCCCUGCUUUCGCAGUGAAGAUCGGUGAGAGUGCUAUCAGAAACUGCUUCCGUGACCAACUCAAGUAUCUGCGUGAAGAAGCCGAGGAGAAGAUGGGUCCUCGUCCAACUGUUUUCACAGAGAUUGGUAUUCCGUACGACAUGGACGAAAAAUACGCUUACAAGACUGGCAACUUUACCAGCCAGACUCUCGCCAUGGAUGCGAAUCACUAUGCGCUUGAAGGCUCCGGAGUAGCAGGUUUCACACUGUGGACAUAUGUGCCUUCGAACACCCACUAUUGGGGCGACAACUGGAACGGCGAAGACUUGUCCAUCUACUCUAGAGAUGACAAGCAACUGCCUACAUCUCCUGAGACAGCAACACACGGGCGUGUCGUGUCUCACGGAUUCGACCUCAAGAAUUGCGUCUUCCAACUGACGCUUGCCGCGCCCAGCUCAACGUCCGAGGACCUACCUACCGAGGUGUUUUUGCCAGAAUACCACUUCCCGCAAGGCAAGACAGAAGUCGAGGUGUCGGGAGGACAGUGGAAGAUCGGUGUGGACGAGAUAGAGGGUGCAACACAGCAAGUGCUGAGAUGGUGGCACGCAGCAGGCGAGCAAAAGCUGACUGUCAGGGGCCUCAAAAGACGGCAAGGCACGGCGAUUGGAUCAGAAACAGAUGCGAGCUAUCUGGACCAAUGCAAAGAGACGGGCAAGGCGUGCGUUAUGAUGUAG